CAAGGUUCGGGAGAUAUAAACUAGCCAAGCAGAGAAGUACACGUCGUACUUAAGCAUGAUGAGGUGAUAUUUGACACAAAGUGUGGCGUGAGUUUAAUGUGAAGUGCACACACAGUAGAGAGGAGACGGUGAUCCAAGAUGGCAAAGAAUCUAUUUGUGGCGUAUGUGCUCUGGUGGUUUUUGGGAUGGCUGGGUGUGCAUCACUUCUAUCUGGGUCGAGACAGACACGCAUUCGUCUGGUGGGCAACUGGUGGCGGUAUAUUCGGUCUGGGUUGGUUUCGUGACAUGUGGCGUCUACCCACGUAUGUUGAUUCGGCAAAUGAGGAGCCGUACUACAUGGAACGUCUCACUGAAAUGAUCAGAAUACGCAAAUCACCACCGUUCAACCCGAGUCGUUUCAUCGGCCAAGCAUGCUUUGGAACUUUCCUGGGGUACCUGUCUAUGCUCGCCAUCUCCGAGGACUUUGCUGUGGCGUACCCGAUAGUCCGAAGCCUCGUCGUACCAUUCUGUGUUGCCAUCGGUGUCCACAUUGUUGGAAAUAUCGGCCGGGAAACUGGACAUUUUAAGUGGGCGAUAGUGGGAGCUGUCAUACCCGCAGUGAAGCUAAUCAGUAACCCUCACAUUGUUGUAUACAUGGCUUUGCUUAGCGCCAUUCUGUUCCAGAGAGAUCGAAGCUUCAAAAGGAAGCCCAGUCAAAGAGGCUUCUGUAGUCGUCUCUUUGUGCUUUUUGUCGCUGGAUCUAUGAUCAUGAGUUUGUGGGGUUCUGCCCUCUACUUCAACGCGUCAGUCACGACUUCCGAGGGAGAGACCAUUCGAUUCAGGGAUGCUGUCGACCACUUCUUCGGUUCUCCCAUCUGGAAGGAAUUUAAAGAGACCAUUAAGGCGCUGUUCCAUGAGGGAUGGGAGAAGGGUUGGGAGAAUAUGUGGAGUCGAUUUGUGCAGUCCUUAGAUCCUGAAGGAGAACAGAAUGCUUAUCAGGUUUUAGGGCUUUCCAAGGGUGUGACCCAAGCGGAAAUCACCAAGCGUUACCGGACGCUCGUUCGAGAGAUGCAUCCGGACAAGAUUCGCAAUGGAAACAAAGAAGAGGCUGCUGCGGCUUUCAUGAAGAUUCAAUCAGCCUAUGAGACAUUGUCUAAGAUCAAGGAGAAGCGGGCUCGGAGACAGAAUUACCGGAAACAAAAAGAGUAUGAGUUUCAUGAUAUGUAACUGAAAUCCUAACCAAAUCUACUCCUUGAGAAAUCAUCACAUGGCCAUGGUUUGGCAAGUUCAAUGGUCGAUUCACAUGACAACUGACAUCAUCGUGCAUGAUAAGUCUUGGUUGUGGCAUUUUGGGGGGGAAGAUUGUUUGUGUUAAUAAUAAUAAAUAACAUGUUAUGCCAAAGUCCGCCUAAAUAAAAGAUACUCAAGGCGCUUCACAGAGAUACUUUUUAAAAACUUAAGGUCCAAACGCUAUUUAUCUAAGUAAAUAAGUCAAGUAACCUAAGAAUUCUAAAACAAAUUGUAGAAUUGUACAAAUCAUUAUAAAAAGUUUGCUCAUCUGGAGGUUGCUAUAGAAAAGCUUACCCUAUAAACAAUGUGCCAUAGCAACUGUCUCUACAGUCUGGGGAAUUCAUAUAUUUAAUCGGUAGCUUCUUUGUGACUAAGCAUGUCAUUUAACACGGACAUUAUUCUAAUCUAAAUCGCAUAUGGUUUAUUGUGGACACCUUAUUUGCAUAAACCCAAGAACAGGUAUCUUGCCAAUUUAAGUUUUCAGAAUGUGACUUUUAAGUAUAAAAGUAUAAUUUAGAUGCCACAGUUGAUCUUGUCAAAGAAACGAGGCUGACUCUGUGAGUAUUAAACAAUUUAUGCAAAAUUUGUAUCUUUUUUUCAACCAGUCUGGUGCCUUGAAAAUUAAAACUAUCAGUGCCAUAUGUGUAUACAGGGAAUCUGACAAAAGAUGGCUGUUGAAUUCAGAAAAGUUUACAGUAUUAUUUUUUACUGAAUUGAUCAGAUUUCUUUCUCAAAGUCUUCAAAUUUUCUUGAAAGAAGUAAACACAAUCGUCAAACGGAGACCAAAAUAGUUUUUCUGGUGAUGCACAGAGUCUGGAAACCUCCUGAAUUUAUUUAUUUCCACAAAACCUAAAAAAAAUGGAGAAGUUAAAAAGAUAAAAGUACAUCAAAUUUACAAUAAAAUAUUGCAACAUCUGGGAGGUUCUGUGUUCAGAAUAAGAAGAAAACCCAGGCCCAACAAGCUAAAUUUUUGAAAUGUUCACAAGCAACAAUUCUCAGCCUUAUAAACUGCUUGGUUAUGUUUACAGAAAUUUAUAAUGGAGACGGUUAUUAAUUGGUUUGGAGAUUUUUAGCAUUAGUUAAAUACUCGGUUUUAGUUUCACUUGGGUACUAUACAAUCGAUAUUACAGAAUACUUGAUCAAUGCUACAAUUCACCAAAAUUGGUAUUUUCAUUGUUUUGUUGGUGUGUGAAAUAUUUUUAUUUUAAAUUUCAAGGAAUAUACACAGAAUUAUGCAUCACUUUGAUUGUACCAAUUUCUAAUACUUUUAGCAAAUGAAGAGUUACAUAUACAUUAGGUAAAAUGUUAUAUUCUAUCUUUGAAUGAACACAAUCAAGUAAAAACAAAUUGUCUUUGGAAAUUA